UGGGAGUGAGCUUAUUCCUGCUGCUGGGAGUCUUUGCGCUUGCUCCUUCCUUUGCCUUGAAAACUGCGAUGGAGACCCCUCUUGAGAAGGCCCUGACCACCAUGGUCACCACUUUUCACAAAUACUCGGGGAGAGAGGGCAGCAAGCUGACCCUGAGUAGGAAGGAGCUCAAGGAACUGAUUAAGCAGGAGCUGUGUCUUGGGGAGAUGAAGGAGAGCAGCAUCGAUGACCUCAUGAAGAAUCUGGACAAGAACAGUGACCAGGAGAUCGACUUCAAGGAGUACUCGGUGUUCCUGACCACGCUGUGCAUGGCCUACAAUGACUUCUUCCUGGAGGACAACAAGUGAUGGGCACCCUCUGCUUUCAUCGACACCCCAGGCCCCUGGCCUCCGAGGCUGCUCUCACGGGCUCUCUUUAGACCCCCGCCUCCCUCCACUUUCCAGAUGCACCCCGCUCUGGCC